ACAAAAUGUCCCAGUGCAUCCCGGGACAUCUCUAACACAGCCACGUCUGUUCCGGAGAUGGGCUGUGACCAGUCUUUGCACAGGGGCCUUAAAGCCACUGUGCUGGGUGCUAUUGCUGAGCUUUGCCUCCUGCACCGAGAGAUGUCCUGCUGCAGACCCUGUCCCCCACGGCCCUGCGGCCCCUGUGGCCCAACCCCCCUUGCAAGCAGCUGCAGUGAGCCCUGCCUCGCCCGCUGCGCUGACUCCACGGUGUACAUCGAGCCUUCGCCGGUGGUGGUGACCUUGCCGGGCCCCAUCCUCACCUCUUUCCCUCAGAGCACAGCCGUGGGAUCCUCUCUGUCAGCUGCUGUGGGCAGCUCCCUCAGCACCUCGGGGGUUCCCAUCUCUUCUGGGGGCUCCCUUGGCCUGGGGGGCUCAGGCCUGUGUCUGCCUUUCCCCCGCUGCGGUCAGAUCUGCUGAGGCCGGCGCAUCGUCCCCGCUGGCCCUGGCAAAUGGGCGCUUCUCUUUC